GUUUUUCUUGCUUAUUUUAUUUCCAGUCCAAGCUGUAACACUUUUUUGCGGCCUCUCUCCUUAUAUUCCUUGGUUGCCCAAGCCCAACGGAUUCCAUAUUUCCAGUUCCAUCUUCUCUCUGCUUCUCUGUAGUCUCUCGUCUGUACUGGGGUGGGGUUUUCAGAGUCGUUUAAAGCUGCUGUUCUCGAAGACCACAUGGGGUUGGGUAGAAAAUUUCACGCCUGAAAGAGAAAGAGAGGAGUUGAGUUGGUAACCGUGUUCGAACUUUCAAGUUCACCAGAGAAAAGAGGGGGAGAUAUCGAUCGGCGGAAAUGACGAUGAGUAACAAUGUCGGGCAGUUCGGAGACACGACGCUGACCAAGGUUUUCGUUGGGGGGUUAGCGUGGGAGACGCAGAAGGAAGCCAUGAGAGAGCACUUUGAGAAGUAUGGUGAGAUCCUGGAGGCAGUCAUCAUUUCUGACAAGGUCACCGGGAGAUCCAAGGGCUACGGAUUUGUGACGUUUAAGGACGCGGAAGCGGCGAAGAAGGCAUGCGAGGACCCCACACCGGUGAUCAACGGCCGCCGAGCAAACUGCAACCUGGCUUCCCUCGGGGCUCGCCGUGCGAAGUCAUCGCCAUCUCCGUCGCCGUCAACAACACCUCAACAAGGAUCUAAUGUUGGACCGAGGUCCACGUCAUCGGCACCACCGAAUCAGGUACAGUGGUACUACCCGACGGGGACACCGGCAUUGCCUUACCAGCACCACCAUCACGCGGUUCCUUUCUACGGGUAUUCUCCGACCUACAUUGCCGCUGAUUACGGUUACAACCCUAAACUGAGCUACAGCGGUGGGUCCUACAUGAACGGGCACUACACGCAGAUGUACCCGGCGGGACAAGGGAUGAUGAACGCAAACACGAUGAUGCCUGUGUAUCCAUUCUAUCAUUACCAUCAAUCGCAGACGAUGGGAAUUCCUGCUCAUCACAUGUUCCCACCGACAGCAGCGGCGGGGCCCAUGGCCACCGUCCCAGCUAUCAUCUCCAAGCCCACUGCGAUGGUUCCUAACACAGUUUGUUUGGCUGUGGAAUAGGUACCCGGACGCAGGUGAAAAUUUUUGAGGAGGCUAAGAGUUCCUGAAAGUGUGAAAUAACUACUGUUGAAGGGAGACAUGCAACUAUAUUAUCUAAUCUCUGAGAUUCCUAUAUUCAUUUUUCUUUUUCCUUUUUGCCUUUUUUUUUUUAAAUUUUAUGUAGUUGUCAAUUAGGGUUUCAUAAGAUUCAUUCAUUCUCUCUAACAUGCAUCUCAGCUUGAGAUGCUACCCCCUAAAAAAUAGUUAUGGAAGUCAUGCCUGUUUACCCAUGUAUUUUUUAUGGUAAGCUUAGUGGCUUCAUUCAAUCUGCUGCAAAGACACCGUUUAUCUAUAUUGAACAACCACCUCUCUUUCUCUCUC